GCAUUUGUUACAUGUAUUGGCAAUUUUACAAAAUUAUUUUGUUGUUAAAUCGAGAAGAUAACAUAAAAUAAUCAUCUAUGCUGACCCUGCUUCCUCGUCAUCAUUGACAUCUUGACAUCAAACUAGGGGUAUUAUUAUUAAAUAAAUAAUCAACAAUGGUCAGCCGGUUAUCAUUGAAUUUAUAUCGUGUUCGAUUGGCUGGUUAUUUGUUCAUAAAUAAAAAUGAGCCUAUAAAAAAUGAGCUUUGUAAUAAUGGAUAUUUAACAAAACUCUCACACUUGUCUACUAGAAAUCUAAGUUGUACGACCACGUGUUGCGACAGCUCCAAAAUCAAAAUGGCAGAACUUCUUCAACAAAACAUAUGGGAAAGUGAUCCUGAAUUAUUUGAACUUAUGAAAAAAGAAAAAAAACGUCAACAAUGUGGAUUGGAAAUGAUUGCAAGUGAAAAUUUUACAUCACUCAGUGUUCUUCAAUGUCUGAGUUCAUGUCUUCACAAUAAAUACAGUGAGGGACUUCCUGGAGCAAGAUAUUAUGGUGGCAAUGAGUUUAUUGACCAAAUUGAAUGGCUUGCUCAAAAACGAGCAUUAGCUGCAUAUAAUUUAGAUCCUGAAAUAUGGGGUUGUAAUGUACAGCCAUACUCUGGUAGUCCAGCAAAUUUUGCUGUUUAUACUGGUCUUAUUGAACCACACGGAAGAAUAAUGGGUCUUGAUUUGCCAGAUGGUGGUCAUUUAACACAUGGUUUUUUUACACAAACUAAAAAAAUAUCAGCAACAUCAAUAUUUUUUGAAUCAAUGCCAUACAAAGUUAAUCCAACAACUGGACUAAUUGAUUAUGAUAAACUUGCUGAACAAGCAAAACUUUUUAAACCAAAAGUUAUCAUUGCUGGUGUAUCAUGCUACAGUAGAUGUUUGGAUUACAAACGUUUUCGUCAAAUUGCUGAUGAAAAUAAUGCAUAUUUAUUUAGUGACAUGGCACAUAUAUCUGGACUUGUUGCUGCUGGUAUUAUACCAAGUCCAUUUGAGUACAGUGAUGUUGUUGCAACAACAACACACAAAACACUCAGAGGACCACGUGCUGGUGUUAUUUUCUUCCGUAAAGGAUUAAAAUGCAUUGGUAAAAAUGGAGAAAAAAUUAUGUGGGAUAUUGAAAGUCGUAUAAAUCAGGCAGUAUUUCCAGGACUUCAAGGUGGUCCACAUAAUCAUGCUAUUGCUGCAAUUGCAACAGCAAUGAAACAAGCUAAAGCACCAGAAUUUGUUACCUAUCAAAAACAAGUUGUUGCUAAUGCACAAAAAUUAUGUAAAUCACUUCAAGAUAGAGGAUAUAAAAUAAGCACUGAUGGUACUGAUGUACAUUUGAUUCUUGUUGAUUUAAGAAAUACAGGAAUAACUGGUGCUAAAGCUGAAAGAAUACUUGAAGAUAUAUCAAUUGCUUGUAAUAAAAAUACAGUACCAGGUGAUAAAAGUGCUCUUAAUCCAAGUGGAAUUCGUCUUGGUACACCAGCAUUGACAACUCGUGGAGUUAAAGAAAUUCAUAUUGAUGACAUUGCUCAAUUUAUUCAUCGAGGACUUGAAUUAUCAAAAGAAGUUACUGCCAAAUCUGGCCCAAAACUUGUUGAUUUUAAAAAUAUACUGGAGACUGAUGUAGAAAUUCAGAAAAAAGUUGCAACACUUCGUGAUGAAGUUGAGAAAUAUUCUCAACAAUUUACAUUACCAGGUCUUGAUGAGUAUUAAUUUUUUGAAAAAUCUAACAACUAAUUUUUUAUAAAAAAAAAGAGAAUAAAAAAAUAUUUUUUAAUUACUUAUCCAUCAUUUUUAUCAGUGUUAAAUACUCGAUAAUAUUUUUUACUGAAGAAAAAAUAAAUUAUAUUGUAUUUCUAUUUUUUUGUAAUUAAUAAAAGAUUUGGAAAAUAAAUAAUCAAAAUAAUCGACAAAAAUAACAA